CGCGGCGGCGGAGGGUCGCGCAGUGCGGUGCCGAUGGUGCUCAUGCCGGAGCAGCGCUGCGAUGCGGAGGAGUGGAAGGCUGGGCGGCCGGCCGGCCGGCGGGAGCACAGGAGCGCUCUGCAUCUUUCUGAUGUAGAAAAUGGAACCAGUGAAAGAAGAAAGCCAGGAAAAUCACCUCCUGUUUUGCUGCAAACUCCUACCAGUGAAGUGGAACAUUUUGAUGAUGGAAAGAAAGUUGAUUUUGCUAGGACAAAGAGCAGUACAGAAAGUCCCCUCCUGACAGUGGAAAGCAAGAAUGAUUCCAAAAUUGAAAGGAAAAAACAUAUCUCAAAUCAGCUGAAGGCAAAUGCACACUUUCAUAAGCUGUUUCUGGAUGUUUCCAUUGAUGAGCCACUGAAACAAAGUUUUACCUGUGCUCUCCAGAAAGAAAUUCUUUAUCAAGGAAAGCUGUUCCUUUCUGAAAACUGGAUUUGUUUCCAUUCCAAGGUUUUUGGUAAAGACACUAAGAUCAGCAUACCUGUGCUCUCAGUGACACUUCUGAAGAAAACCAAGACUGCCCUUCUUGUGCCAAAUGCUCUGAUCAUAGCAACAGUCACAGACAGAUAUAUGUUUGUCUCCUUACUCUCCAGAGAUACAACCUACAAGCUAUUAAAAUCUAUAUGUAGACAUCUUGAGGAUACGAGUAUGGGCAACAGUCCCAGUCCAUCUUCUGUUGAAAAUAGCUUCAGGGCUGAUCGUCCUACAACUCUGUCCCUGGAUUUCAAUGAAGACUAUUCUGAUCUGGAUGGAAUAGUACAGGAGCAGAGACAGGAGAUGGAGGAGUCCAGCAGCACAGGCUCACAGACACCGGAGCUGGAACGCUUCCAAGACUAUCGCGUUGUUGAGACACAGACUCACUUGAAAGUUUCGAAGGCUGAAACAAAGUCUGUCCGUUCUGAUGCACGCAGUAAAUGGGCACCUGAAGGAAAAGCCAGAAACUGCCUUCGAAAUGCAGGUCGUUCUGAACCUUUCAGAUUCUUUCACAAGGAUAAGUUACAGAAGCUCUUAUCUCUGAACCACAUACUUAUAUUUUAUGCAGUUCUUGUCUGUGUUUUAUUAUUUUCUACCUUCUACAUGAGAUACAAAAUCAAUGUCCUGGAAGAACGUCUUAUCUCCAUUGCAUCUUUUGAUUCACAUUUUAAGGAACAUCCAGCGCACCAACGUUUGGAAUCUCACUUGCAAGUUAAUGCUGAUGCCUUCUGCGAUGAGUUAACCACUAAUCUUAUGAAAUUGGAAAAGUGCACCUUCCCAGAUGCACCACUGCCAUGGCUGCUGGGCUCUGCUUUAUAUGAGGUGGAUCCAUUGAAGCCUGCUGGAACAAGCUGUGCUUGGCACUGGGCAGCCCCAGCAUCAGCUCACAGCCCACCCCACCACCGAAUCUUUGACACCUCUACCUGCUACUAAGCAAAUGGAACGGGUGUGUUGGGGAGAUGUCAGAAUCAACUGGCUAAGCAUGGGGAAAAUAAAUAAAUAAAUAAAUAAAUUAGUGGAGUGAAAACAGAAGUUACUGACAUUCCUGUGUGAUUAAAUCAGAUGGGGUUUUUUGCCUGUUUCUAAAACUGGCUUUUUUGCCAAGGUUAUUCAGUGAGUUUUUUUUUUCCCCUCAAAGUAGGUUUCUCAAUUAGCAUGAAGGUUAUGUAAUAUUACUGUUACCCAUGUGACACUGGAUCAAGAGAGUCUCUUCCAAAAAUAUUUCCCUCCAUACUUAUCUCUGCAUGCUCUUGAUGAUAACAUAUGAACACCAGAGAAGAAAUCUUACCAGAUGAUUACUAAGUUACAAUCUUUAGCCAAAUUAGUCCAUCUAAGAAGUUAUUACCUUCCAGCUGUCUGGGACAAGUCUUCAAAUGGCAAGAUUGGAAGACCUCGCUUUGUUUCAGUGGGAAGCUUGCAAAACAACAGGACUAGGCAGGCACAGUCUCUUUCAUUGUCUCUGCCAGGACAUACAGUAAAAGGCAGCUGGAUGUUGGAGCUGUUCUCAAGAAGUGACCCUUGGUCCUCAAUUAGAGUCUUAAGUCAUGUACUUCUCUCAUUUAGCGUCUAGAGAAUUGAACACUUGUCAUUGCAAAACAGUCACAACUCUGUCAGCUGCUUCUCAAGUUAAAUGAGAACUGCAUGUAGCUGCCACAACCAGUAGUUAGAACGUUGUUUGACUGCUGCAAAAUUGGCAGAAAUCUAUAAGUUAUACGCUCAAGUUACUGCAGUUGUUUAACUGCUUUAUACGUCUUAGUGAAAAGUGCUAGUAAUUGACUUCAGCUGGCUUCAACAGCAAAACUAAUGCAGAAGUUUCAGUGCAAACUGUCAUCUCUUCCUCCCUUCUUGCGAGGCUGCAGCACUAUAAACUGCUUCCCAGAAACUGUCUAGGUUAAAAAUGGAAAAUUACUCUUCAGUUAGUAAAUGUUUAGCGCAGAAGUAUUCUGCCCUGAUUUUUCAAGUGACCUACUUCAUACUUGGAGUCCAGAAAUUCCCAUGACCUAGCAGAAUUGUGCUUUGGCUUUUAAAUAUUUUUAACAUGCCAUCAGAACACACUGUGUAUUAAGACAAAGUGUUACAAGUGGCUGAAAAAAACUGUGGCCUGAUUUUACUCAUUUCUUUAUUUUAACAUAGCUUGUUAAAUGGAAACACAUGUGUAAGGGUCUAACAAAACUGUUUUUCACUGUUCUUGAAAAAGACAUCCGGGACAGCAGUUCAGUGAGGAGGGUUUGAGAGGUGAUGUUCCUGAGCAGGAAUUACAGUAUACAGUAGUAUAAUCAAUACAUGGGCAUAGGGACACAUAUCUGCUUGUGGUUAGAUGAGCUUAUUUUGCUGCAUACAUCAGAAGCCUCUGUAGUUGAAGCUGUUCUAAAACUAUUUGAAUUACUGAAACCUAGGAGCUGUGACUUUUACGUCCAGAGCUUGUAUUUUGUUUUGACUGAGUUACAAAUUUUGGAUUUAUUGAAAAUUUCUUUCUGG